AUGCAGUAUCAGUUGACUGGGGCGCCCAGUACCCUGGUGUGUAGUCAUAGUCUCUACCGUUCAACCUAUACAAGACCGCGUAUUCCCUUCCCUAUGCCAACCCAAGGUCAGCCCGGCAGCCUUGGCAAGGUGCCAAGAGGAUGGGAUGAACAAAGCAGGAUAUCGCUAGCACUUUGCCCUACCUCCGUCACUACCUUCAGCAUCAGGAUGAAGGUCCUUUUGCUGGUAACUGUGGCGGCUGUGGCCCUUGGAGACGACGUGGUGGACUUCGAACGGGGAGACAGCGAGUACCACUUCUCUUGGCUCCACGACGGCGGGCAGACCUACGACUGGCAGGGCGCCAACAGCUACUGCUCGAGACUCGGCCGCGGCUGGAAGGGCAUCAGCAUCGAAAGCAGGGAAGAAGACGCCUUCGUCAGCGAUAUCAUCGAUGAGUACGAUCUGCCGUGGGUCUGGACCGGAGGCCAACGCAGGGGACGCGACUUCGUGUGGCCUUCGGGAGCCCGUUUCGUGGGUCUGAACUGGUCUCACACCGGCGGGAAGAAGCAACCGCAACCAGACAACCGCGAGGAAGGGGGCGAGAACUGCGUGGCCGUCCUGAACGACUACUAUGACGACGGCGUGAGGUGGCACGACAUCGCCUGCCACCACGAGAAGUCGAUCAUCUGCGAGCGGUCCGACUGAGAGCUGUUAGCAGAGGCCAGAGGGCGGGGCCGUUGGCGCGCAGUCGAGUGGUCUGCAGGGAAGGAAUCUGCGAGAGGAUUGUGGGCUGAU